AUGGCAAAGAGUAGUCGGCCCACCAACUCACAAGGCUCGACGCAAGCAUGUGAAAAGUCACUCAAGGAGAGGGCAAACCGGAAAAACCAAGUGUUUAAACCAUUGCUAGACAACCCGUUUACGCAGUCCAAUCUCUGGCCCUUUGUUGAGCCGACCAUCGCAACUGACAUUUUGGACUUGAUUGAGGCAUUUAUUGGACCUUUGUUCCGGGAUGACAAGGACAGCAAGAGCAAAACGGAGGUGGACGGGGUCACGUUUGGGUUCAACUCCACAGUGAAGAUUUUGGAAAGGCAAGCCGCAAACAACAGAGGAAAGCACAAGGACUCUGUUCGACAACUCAAAUACGUCUUUGUUUGCAAGCAGGAAAUCUCCCCGCCGUUUCUUAUAAGCAUGCUUCCGGUCCUUUGCUACACGGCGUCAAAGUCCAAGGACGAUAUGGUCAAGUUGGUGCAAGUUCCAAGGGGCAGCAUGAAAAAGUUUUCAGACAUGACGCGACGUGCAAAUACGGGCAUCUUGGGAUUCAGUGCAGACUUGACGAUUGCUGAGAGGCUUUUUGAAAUCAUUGACCGUCUGAUUGGAGAUAUCGAGGCGCCUUGGUUGGCUCAGAUUUUCGAUGACGCGAGCGGCUUUUUUCCUCCCAAAGUGACGCAAGUGGCCACUGUCAGGGGCAGCAGAAAGAAGAGAAAGAGAGGAGGCGAUGAUAAGGAGGCCAAGUCUCCGAGGCCAAAGAAACAGGAGAAGGGAGAGAGGCAAGAGAAGCAGGAGAAGCAAGGAAAGCUAGAGAAGCUAGAGAAGGUAGGGGUGAACUCGGGCGACCUGAUGGAGCUAGAGAUGGAAUUGAAGGAACCGGAUAAACUGAAUCCAGUGGCGGAACUGCGGACUUGA